AUGGCACGUGGUGCGCAAACAACAUUAGAACAACCACCAUCUAUUGAAAAACAAACAACUCUUCCGUCGGUCAUUAAUAAAGAACGUGAUGUAGCACAAAAAUCGAGAUCGUUCGAUAGUAAGGAUAACUCAGCACGAGCCAGUAAAGGAUCAACAAUUAAAUAUUCAGAAAUUGUUGAAAGUAUGGGCUCAGAACCUCAAACAAUUGAUACUAAGUUUAACAAACAACCUCUACCACUAGUGCAACUACUCUUGCAUCAAACAUUACCAACAUCCCAUUCAUCGACACGAACUACAAAUGAGGAUUUACAAAAAAGUCUUAUUGGAAAAAGUUCAGAACAUAUUACAGCCUUAUUAGAUACUGUAUUAGAAGAUCCGGUACUUUUAAGAGUCGCUAUACGUCGUUGUCGGUUGGAUUGUACAGAAGCGGUACAUCGCAUGGCAAAAUUAAAAGAAGAGAAUAAAAAUUAUGUACCGAAAAAAGAUUAUUUGUUGCUAGCACAAAAUUACAAUAAACUGGUCAAGUCAUGCGAUCAGUUAAAACAAAAUUUUCGAAAUGCCAAAGUUGAAUACAAUGCAUUAACAGAUGCUGUGGAACAAGUAAUCAAAGAACGCGAUAAGUAUUUUACAUUGUGUGAAACAUAUCGUGCUACCUUUACUCCAAGGCCAAAAUGGGACCGUUGUGGGACGAUCAUUGAAGGUGGAACAGUAAAAUGGAAAGAAUUAGCGAUUGGAAAAACAAGUAAUGAACUAGUUGAUUUGUUAUUGAAUGAAAUUAUCGGAGGAAAUGAUCAAAACAAUAAUGUUUAUCAAUUUAUUGGUCUUGGUCUCGAUACUUCGGUGCCUGCAUUUCUACAAACAACUACAAAUGUUCGUAAUCGAUAUUUUAUGUAUCGUGAUGUGGCAAUUUUGAUAAAUGAUAUUUGGAAAGAUAAGUUGGUAUAUGAUGCAGAACAGGAAAAAAUUUAUCAGAAACAAAUGAUGCAGUUGGUCGAACAAGAACAGCAACAUACCUUACAAGAAGUGACACUGAAAACAGUUGUCAACUCGCUACUUGAUCCGGUGACGACUAAUUUACAACAGCAGUCACCAUUUCAAAAAUCAAAAUUAGUUGAUUUUGUGAAUAUUUAUUUGAAAAACCGUUUUGAAGAUGAACAAAUGCAGUUGGAAUGGGGUUACAACUUGGCAGAUGGAUGUCGACGAUACAAAUAUUACUCGAAUAUUGGACUCUUCUGGGCUAUAUUAACCGGAGAUGUUGAUGAAGGUGUUUACAAAUAUCGAAAAGACUUAUUAUCAAGUUUAAAGAAACAUUUAGAUAAAAGAAUGUCUAUGCAUGCCUCAGUAGAACAAGAGCGACCGUUAUUACCUCCACUUUUUCUAUCUGCUUCGUCGAUCAUUACAGCAUCUACCACAACAUCAACCAUAUUGGAAAAUGUUACUCAGUCUAUUGUUAACAAACAGUUAAAACAAACAGAGUCGGUAUUAUCGAAAGAUGAGUUACGAAACGCAUUUCAAGAAUUUUUUCCAUUGAAAUCGGAAGUUGAAAUUGAGUCAUUAGUAGCAGGAUCAGAAAUGGAUUCAAAAAUGUUAGAUUCAUCAAGAAUUAAUUAUUCAAAACUAUUUGAUGAAAAUGAUGAAGGAGAUGGGGGUGAGUUUGUCACAUUAUUAUUCAAACAAAUCGAUGAUGAAAAGAAAGCCUAUGUCAAUGAUAUUAAACAAUUAAUACAAACAAAAAAUAACAUUUCGAUGUUAGAUUUUAAAAAUGCUGUUGUUUAUGUUGACCCAGAGAUAGCUGAUACCGAAUUAACUCGUUAUACUGACUGGGUUUAUCGUCACGGUGGUGAAAGCAGAGCACUUCCUGUUGAUGAAAUAACAAAACGUUUAAUGAACGGUAUCAUCUAUCGUCACGGUCACAAACCACAGAUGGGUCAAGAUCAAUGGAGAUUCUCUCCGUCAGUAAAUGAACGAAUGAAACAACAACAACGUAUCAAAGGAAAGAAAAAAAAUGAUGGAGGGCCGGGUGAAAAAGGUACAGAAACAACGAGCAUGAAACGGGAUAACACGAGCACAGAUAAAAGUGGCGUGCGACAACCGUCGAAACUAAAAAUACUUACACGGUCAAAGAAACCUGUAGGAAAAACGACAGCACUAGAAGGUUCACAGUCAGUAAUAUCGGGUAACAAACUCAAAGUAAAAGAAGAUAAAAAGGACAAUAAUAAAAAUAAACAACCGAAAAAAGUAAAAAUAAGACGAAGAAAAAAUAAAUAUUUAUCUGUAUAA